AAUGCAGAUGCCAGAUAAAGACACGAUGUUAGAACUUUGAAGUCGGAAAGAAACGAAGAAGCAAAUUCAUUUCAUUCAAUUCAAUGUAAAAAAACACAGUAGCCACCCAAUACAUAAAAUUUGUUUAUGCUUUCUACACGCACUUCCUCCUUCGUAUCCGUCUCUUCCCCAACCAUUGGAAUACAUUCCUUAACCCACCGCAAAUCCAAAUCCAAAUUCAAUUCGAGCUGAACCUAGGGUUUGUUCCUUCCUAUUGCCUUCACGGAUCUCGCAUUCUCCUCAAAUUUCCGAAACGGGAAAAAGAAAAUGCACGCGAAAUCGGCGCAGUCGUCGUUCCGGGAUCGGACUCAGGAAUUCCACAGCAUCACAGAGAGGUUGAAGAAGUCCGGAUCAGGGCCCAAUGGGCCCAGCAGCAGCACUUCUUCCACCAGAUCGGAGGAACAGCGAUCCGCGAUCGCCAACCAAUCGGAGUUCAAUAGAAGGGCCUCCAAAAUCGGAUACGGAAUUCACCAAACGUCUCAGAAACUCGCCAAACUCGCCAAGUUGGCGAAGAGGACGUCGGUUUUUGAUGACCCUACUAUGGAAAUCCAAGAGCUUACGGGGGUUAUUAAGCAGGAUAUUACUGCUCUGAACUCUGCCGUUGUGGAUCUUCAGUUUCUGUGUAACUCUAGGAAUGAGAGUGGGAAUGUUUCCGCCGACACCACUAGCCAUUCGAGCACUGUGGUCGAUGACUUGAAAACACGGUUGAUGAGCACCACCAAAGAGUUUAAGGAUGUUCUCACCAUGAGAACUGAGAACAUGAAAGUGCAUGAGAAUAGAAGACAGUUGUUUUCAUCUUCUGCAUCUAAGGAUUCUGCAAAUCCUUUUAUUCGGCAACGGCCGUUGGCUGCAAGGGCGGCUGCUAGUACUUCUAAUGCCCCUGCUCUUCCCUGGGCUAAUGGGUCACCAUCUUCAUCUCAGGCGUUUCCUAAGAAGCAAGUGGAUGGGGAGAGUCAACCAUUGUUGCAACAACAGCAGCAGCAGCAGGAGGUAGUUCCAUUGCAAGACAGUUACAUGCAAAGCAGAGCUGAAGCUCUUCAGAAUGUUGAGUCCACUAUUCACGAGCUUAGCAACAUUUUUAAUCAGCUUGCAACACUUGUUUCCCAACAAGGAGAGAUUGCCAUCAGGAUUGAUGAAAACAUGGACGAUACAUUGGCAAACGUAGAGGGAGCACAAGGGGCUUUGCUGAAGUAUCUGAACAGCAUAUCUUCUAAUCGGUGGUUGAUGAUCAAAAUUUUCUUUGUGUUAAUAUUUUUCCUUAUGGUUUUCUUAUUUUUUGUGGCAUAGUCAUUUAGGUGACAGAAAUGAAAACAAUGACACGAGUGUCGGCAUUCUGUAUUUCUUUAAUAUUUAUUUCUCCAAAUAUAUAUUCAUUCUUGCAGAGUUUAACUUAAGACCAAGUUUGUCAAAUAAUAUACUGGUUAAGAACCGUAAGCACGACUAUUAUACUA